CAUGCGCGGCGGCGGGAGGGGCCGGAGCGGCUGCGCGGGAGCCCCGCGGCGCUGGGGCCGCUACGGUGCCCGGUCGCCCGACCAUGUCCGAGGCGUAUUUCCCUGUGGACCCCGGGCUGGGCAUGGAGGAGAACUUUCUGUCGCUGGACGACAUCCUGAUGUCGCAGGAAAAGCUGCCGGGCCGCGCCGAGAGCGCCCUGCCGCGCCUGGCCUUCGCGCUAGGCCAGGGGGCCGGCACCGGGGACUCCAUCCCGGAGGGAUCAAAGCUGGAAAUACCUCUGUGGCUUGCUAAAGGUCUGCAUGACAGCAAAAGAAGAAUAAUUUCUGUGGAUCUGCCAAAGAUUUACAAGGAAGCCUGGAGGACAGUGUUCAGCGCCGACGCCAAUGUGGUUGAUCUACAUAAAAUGGGGCCAUACUACUAUGGAUUUGGCUCCCAGCUCCUGAAUUUUGACAAUCCAGAGAAUCCCGAGAUAGCUCAGACUAUCCUGCAGACAUUUAUUAGCCGUUUUCGUCGUAUCAUGGACUCCUCUCAGAAUGCUUAUAAUGAAGACACAUCAGCACUGGUGGCUCGGCUGGAUGAAUUGGAACGAGCCUUAUUUCGAGCUGGCCAGAAAGGGCUGAACGAUUUCCAGUGCUGGGAAAAGGGACAGGCUUCACAAAUCACAGCGUCAAGUCUGGUCCAGAACUAUGGGAAAAGGAAGUUCACAGAUAUGGAUGGUUAAAAAGCCUGAAGAACAUGCAGCUGCAGCGGGGGACACCGAGAGAUUUACAGUCUGUCUGUCACAGAAGAGGAAGAUGAAUCAGCUUAGGGGAAAGACAUUCAUGACAUCCCCGUUCAUUAAUGGGAAUUCUUCUCUAUAACAUCUUCAGAUUAGACUAGUGCAAAUUUUAAAGGCAGAUGGCAAGGGUAUAAAAAAUAGAUUGCAUCACAUCACUGGAUAGCUUUACAGCUUACUCAUACCACUCCUGAGGAUUUGCAGUGAAAGUGUUUGCUAGGUGGCUGAAAGGGUAUGAGAGGAUUUUCUAAAAGGGUAGUUAAUAUUUAUUAUUCUUUUUCUUCCAAGUUGAUAUUUACCAUCCCUGAUCUGUUUGAAAAAAAACUGUAAUUCUAAGUGUUUCAUCUUGCCCUUCCCAUUCCAGCCUCCUGGGAACAGCUGCUUCCAGGUUUCCUGUUCCUUGGAGGGCCCCAAUGAUGUGGAAAAAAAUGUGGUAUGAACUGCAUUGAAUUUUUCCCAAUGCGUUUACAUUGAGGUGGAACAGGUAUCCUUUGUGAGGCAGGAAUGUUUUUGUUUGCUGACUUUUGUGCACAGUGUUAGUCCCCCAGAGAAAAAUCCCUCUUUCAACCCAUGUAGCAAGCGAAGUGGCUGUGCAGGUCUCACAAGGCACCUCGUCCUUGUGGGCUUGGUGCUGCCCAGGGUGGAGAACAUUCUCCUUUGAUGCGAGUGGCUUUUGGGUGAUGUAUCUCUAUGAUGGGUGGUAAGCUCCUUACAGAGGAGGCAACAUAAGGCAACAAAGAGUCCGAACCAGAUCAGAAGCAGCAACAUUAAUAGAAACUCUCCCCCGUUAUCGAUCUUUGAGCCAUCUGUUUUCCUGUAAGAAAUUCUGAUUGCUACGUUUGGUUAGUAGAAGGGACAGAGCAAAUGAACUGAGUUUCCUUCCUUCUGAUCCAUCUAAACAAUCCUAGCAAAUUGAUCCUAGUAAAUGUCAUACUGGAGUUGGAACUUGCUAAACAGCACAGUGAUUAUCAUCCUAUGGGGAUGCCUUUAAAUCUAGAUUAUCUGAAGACCCAUUGGAUUGGGGAUAAAAAACAGAUUAUUAUCUCUGCAGGACUUCCCACAGUCACCAGGACGGUCAUACUUUGGAAGCAGGCAUUAGACGUCUUAUGGAUGCCUUUAAGCAUCUGUAGAAGGUGGACCUUGCAGAGUACCUAAGUGGAUGAGCCAGACUGUAAUGAUAUGGAGCGCUUCCUCUUCUAUGGGAAUCACUGGGAGGUGAUAGCAAGAUCCGAAUCUUGGAGCAGUUGUUACUGGACUUGCAGAUGCACCUGGAUACCAGAUAACUUCAAACUGGAAAGCUCAAGUACAAUGGGUGUGUGGACAUUCCUCGGCCAGAGGAGUGAAAGCUCUACCUCCAGGGGUGGUGAGAGAGGACAGUGGGCUGGCUUCGCAUACACCUUGGCAUUGCUGCCUCCUGCCACAGGAGACUAAUUGGAAGCUGUGCCUGACAAAGUGUUUAAAGUACAUGCAAGAUUAAAUGCUGCUGCACUUAAUGACUUAAUGGCACAUCAAUGCCUAUGCAUUUUCAUGAAGCUUUUGUCUGUUGUCCAUUUCUGGGUUUUUAUGUUGAAUAAAUACUUUGUAAGGAGGCAGUCGUAAUGUAAAACAUCUGUUGUUAAUUGCCCUGCGGCAAAAAAUUAGUGAUAGAUUGGAAGGUGCAAGUCUUUACAAAACUGUGGCCUGAUAGAUAAUGCAGUCCUGCUUAAAUAAUUCCCUUUACAGGAAACACAGUUGGGAGCUACAUUCAUGCAGUCACACAAGUGUAGAAGUUGUUCCUGUCUGAUUGAGCCCACAUGGGUAAUAGCUGUUUGCUCAAGUUGAGGCGGAGACGCUGCCAGCCAAUCCAUAAGCUAUUGAUUUUUAUAUAUUUGAUUUUUAUAAAACACAAGAGGGAUGGAGGUGAUUAUGUGCUACCUUGACUUUGUUGUACUGCGGUGGGUGGAAAUGGUCUGUCUUUGUAUCUGUACCCUGCUGCUCCAAGUGCUGUAGCGCUGACUUCAUGUAUGUCAAAGUUGUGCUCGGUGCUUCAGCUGCAAGAGAAGCAAGUUUAAGUCCAUCUGUGAUGAGAAGCGUUUUUGAACUGGAAGGAUUAUUUUAAUGAGAUGGUGGCUUUGAGAUAGAGUUGGUUUAUAACCAAAAUCACUAGUUCAUCAAUUUCUAGACUGAUUUUGGUGACUAUCCAAACUCAUUUGCCUACAUUCGUAAAAAUGUUUUUCUUCUCUACUGCUGAAUGCAAAACCCAAACAGACAGUUGCUCAUUUGCCAACGUUUUGUGCAGCUACUUUCAGAGUGGGGAAGAAAAAGUCCCUGAAGUAGUCUUCAAUGUCACUAGCUUUUUGUAAGUAGGCAAUGUCACUUUUAGUAACCCUGAGUGUUUAGGAAUAAACGCCAAUAAGACCCAUACAAAGUCUAAUCGUGUAACUUUAAAUUACAGCAUCUGGUUAGUAGAUUUGGUAUUCUGUUGAUUUUUUUUGUUUGUUUGUUUUUUCCUUGCUGUCUGGAAUUUGUUGGGUUUUUUUCUGUCCAGAAAUACAACAAAAGAGUGCUCUGUA